UGGAUCUUCACGUUGUGAUUCUAGAGUCAGGGAUAUUCACGUACAGAUAAUAUAAGAGGGAUGUCGCGGCGUCCUAAGCCGACGGACUCCGAGGCAGACCUCCUACGUGAGCAGCAACAGUUCCUCGUCUCUGGCGAUCCAGCUUCUGUCAAUGUGGUCCGGCGACCAGACAAGAGGAGAGGGGAGGCUGGAGGAAGAGGAGGGGGCAAGGGGGAGAAUGGAGAUACUCAGAGGGACAUAAUCACCAUAGCAGAUCUCCCUGAUGAACUUCCUGCUCUAACACCGGCCCCUCCUAAGAAGUCUUGCUUUAAAGCCAACCAUGUGCGCUUCAAGGAAGAGGAUGCAGAGGAGAGAAUGGACAAACAUGACACUCAUAUAAGUGCUGUUCUUGCCAGGAUCGUUGAGAGAGAUACCAGCUCUACCCCAGUCGCUCUACCAGUAUUCACAGGGACUGCUUUCCCCAAAGUAAUGCAGCACUUAGAAACAGAUAGUGAGUUGCCGGUGUAUUCUGCAGCAGGAAAGAAGAGCAUCUUUGCCCGUCAGAUUGCAGCCCAAAGGCUUAAGGAGGCCAAGACUCCAUUAUAUAAUGCAUCUGAACUUGGAGGUCAGAUACCCGAGCCCAAAGGCUUGAGCCCUUCUCCUGAAAUUGCAGGGCUGAGUUCAGCCUCUGCCCCCAGGCUGGUGUCUGGUCAGGGGUUGGGUGGCUCAGACUGCUCAGCUGAGACCCUAAGGAUCCACCUGGAGAACAAAGCCAAGCUCCAGACCAUGUCUAAAGCUGAAAUACUGCAGGAACAGAAAAAAUUGUUGUCUCAGCUUGAUCCUAGACUAGUGGAGUUUGUCAGAUCUCAAAAAGCCCACAACAUCAAGCCCUCUGCCUCGUCUUCUGUCAAACACCCCCAGGAUGACGGAGACAGAAAAGAGUGUCUUUCUGAAAAUGUUUUCACCCAGUCAGAAUCAGACUCCUCCCUUGCUUCUGGCCGACAGCAAACGCCCCUGGAAGUGGAGAUGGAGAAAGAGAAAGAAGGAGAGGAGGAGAGAAAACACUUGGCACCACCACCUCCCAUGACUGAGGAGGAGCUGCCCAUUAAGCCUCAGAAGGAAUGGGUCCACAUGGACAAGGUAGAGCUAGAGAAGCUAGAGUGGACAAGAGACCUGCCUGCUCCCAGGAGAAAAGGAACAAUGAAGGCUAUACAGGCUCGUUUCGAUUUUACUGGCACCUUUAUCCCUCCCAGUGAAGACUUGCCCACCUGCCUUGGACUGCAUCACCAUGGACAUGAGCCUGAGCUGGCAGGCUACUCCCUCCAGGAGCUCUUCCUCCUGUCUCGAAGUCAGGUCAUCCCGCAGCGGUGCUUGGCCUUCAACACGCUAGCUAACAUCCUGACAAAGGCACGUGCUGGUGAAUAUUCAUCUGUUUUGAGAGGCAGUGUGAUGUCCACUCUCCUUGAUGCCGGUCUGCUCUUCCUUCUUCGCUUUGCGCUGGACGACAGUGUAGAAGGCGUGAUGUCUGCGGCCAUGCACGCGCUCAGAGCACUCUUGGUGUCUGCAGAAGACGAGGAGUGUAUGGACAGUACCUUCUCCUGGUUCCGUGGCCUUGCUUCCUUCCCUCUAAUGCCCACUGCUCAGGAUGAGGAGGAUGAGGAGGAUGAGGGGUUGGAGGAGAGCAUAAAGGAGACUGCCAAAGAGAAGGAGGAGAGGAAGACAGAUCAUGAUGUGGCCAGGCAGGAUGUUGUGAAGGGUCUGCUCAGGAUGAAACUGCUUCCCAGGCUACGUUACAUCCUUGAGGUUGUCCGACCAACACCACGGGUGGUCCAAGAUGUUCUGGAGGUCCUGACACGCAUUGCCAGACAUUCCUCCUCCUCUGCGACACAGGUGUUGGAUUGCCCUCGCCUGAUGGAGGUGGUGAUGUCAGAGUUCCUGCCUACUUCCUGGACCAUGCCAUCUUUGCCCCUCCCCCAGUCUGUUUAUGGACUGCCAUUGGCCAGAGCCAUGAAGCUCCUGAGGAUAUUGGCUACUUCGGGUAGACAUGCCUGUGCCAGGCUUCUGAACUCCCUUGGAGUGAGAGAGCGUCUGUCUCGUCUUCUGAGCCCUGAUCCCACUGAGCUGCUACUGGAACAGACGGAGGCCCUCCUGAUCACCACCGAGGCCUACAGGUUGUGGGCCGUAGCAGCCAGCUAUGGACAGGCUUGCAAUGAAUACAUAGACCUGUAUCCAAUCUUGGUGAAGGCGUUACAGUCUGUCCACCGAGCACUGUCCCCCGCAGACCCCCUGUUGCCCCUCCAGAUCCAGAGGGUCUUGGCCUUGCUCUCUCUGCUCACACAGGUCACGCAGACAGCUGGUUGCCAUCAGGAGCUACAAGUUGACAUGAUCAUUUCUCAGGUUUCGGAGUCCCCUCCUCCACCUCCAGUGUCUUGGGGUCACGUGACAGGGCUGCAGGCAUCCAUGUUGGGACAUCUGAAGGGAUUUGUAACGAGUCUUGAUAACCCGGUUCAGAGAGAGAGCAGCCUGACUCUGAUACCCGCUUACCUAGUCUACCUAGAGGCUUAUUACCAUCAUCUCUCUCGACAGAACUGUUUCAAACCAGUAGAGACUCUUCAUGAGCUGGAGCUGGUGUUGUCAGAUGUUCUCCUCCCGCUGCUUUCCCAUAGUGCUGUUCAAAACCUUAUGAAGAAUCUCAAGAUUUGUUCAGUUGCGUGUAACCUCCAGUCUAGUCAUUCAGUCCCAGAGACCUCCCCUAGCCUGCCUGGUUUGGGCUGUACCAGAUGGAGGGACCGUCCAGGGCUGGCUGCCCCAGGUUCUCCCUUCCCCCUUUUUACAGCCCUAAGUCUUCUCCUGGACACCCUCACAAGUAUCCAUAAAGGCCUUAGUCGCAAGUUCAGUGGGCUCCUCCUGUCAGAAUAUGUGAUCAGCUACCUCAGGGGUUGUAGCCAGGCUUUGCCUUCCCUGUCUCAAACCACCACCUGGCUCCUUCACCAUGAACACCACCUUCUGUAUCUGCUCCUCCGGCUCACACAUAGACUGGUUCCAAGUGAACCAGAAGUGGCCAAGCACACUUCGCUGUACCAUGGGGUAGCACUGGUCCUGCUGCCUUGGCUUUUGCCUGGUAAUGAAUACCUGGCACAUGAACUCCUAGCCACUGUUAUCUUCAGCAAGGAUUUCAUAUCAGAGGGAGGCAGCGGAGGACCUGAAGCUAUCGAGCUGGCAGAACUAAAGCUCCAUGAGGAAAGCCAACAGGCCUCCUCUCAAUCUCUCCGGACUAUAGGUGCUCUUCUCAGGGAAGCCUACAUCCAGCUCCCCUCCAUCCGGGCCUGCUUCCUCACACACUUGGCCCACCUCGAGCUCUCUGUGUUAACCUCCCGUGACGUCCAUCUUGGCCGAAAUCCCUGGAUUAACUCUCAACUCCUGCCGGAGCCAUCCAGUCCCAUCCUGCCCAUUGAUUGGCUUUUCCUUCCACUGGUCAACCUGUAUGAGCGAAUGGGGGUGUCUGAUGGUGGUGGGCUACAGGUGGAGGAGCUCCCCCAGGGGGCUCUGCAAGCUGUCAUACACUGUUUCCAGUGGCUGCUGCUGCUGGAGGUCUGGAGGGAGGAUUCACUGAAGGUGAUCCUCCCAGUCGCCAAGCUUGCCCGCUUAUCCUGUGUGUUCCUGUGUUCCAGUGACCUGUUCAUGGAGAGGCCUGUUCAGAGACUGGCCUGGGCCCUGCUCCGACUGCUCACCAGGCCAGCCAAACUGGAAACUUUGGACCUGAAUGUCCCUGUUCCAGGCCUCACCUCUUUCCAGGAUUUGUAUUCUGCCCUCCUGGCCCAGUAUGAGUCUGUUUCCUUUGGCGACCAUUUGUUUGGGUGCUUGGUCCUUCUCCCCCUGCAGAGGAAGUACAGCACCACCAUGAGGCUUGCUGUGUUUGGAGAACAUGUGGGAAUGCUGAGGUCAUUAGGGGUUUCUCUUAAACAGCUGUUCAUCCCUAUAGAGCGAUUUACCUCUCCUCCCGAAGACUCCCUUCCUCUUCUCCAGCUCUACUUCAACUCCCUGGUGACUGGGACCCUGAGGUGCUGCUGGUGUCCUGUUCUGUACGUUGUGGCUCUGUGUCAUGUCAACUCUUUCAUAUUCUCUCAGGACGCUGCUGAACAGGAAAUUGAGGCAGCGCGAUGCAGGAUGCUGAGGAAGAUCUACUACCUAACUGAUGAGGCAUUGAAGAACCAUCUACUGCUGUUUCGUCUGCCUCAGCAGCACUUAGAGCUGGGCUUUGACACCUAUGAACAGCUGCCUCCCAUUAGGGCCAAGCAUCUGGCGAAUGUCCUUGGAACACAGUGCAGCAGCAACGGCAAGGGUGACUGAAAGGACCGCAGAUGGGGGGAAAUCAAGAAGAUGUAAAGGGAUGGGAAUGACAAAGGAAGAAAUUGAGAAGGAGCUGCUAAGUAUAUAGCAAGAGAAAGAAGACAAGAAUAGGAGGAAGGGGAAAGCCUGAUGAGAAAAAGGAGGACUUAUAUGGCAGAGUAACUAACAAUAUGAUCUCAUAGAAAUAUGUGAAAUGACCACGACCUUUUAACACUCGCAUUACGUGGUGGUGGCAUGUAAUGUGUUAAAAUGACAUGCUGGGCACAAGAAUUCCCUGAUUCAGCAACAUCAUGCAGGGUUCAGGUUAGAGUUUUUAGAGAACAAAAAAUCGUAACUGAGGCACUACAAUAAAUUCAGUCAAAUGACAAUAAAAAUAACAAUAAAAUUAAAAAAAAAAGUAACUUGAAAAUAUUAAACACCACUCAUUGCAUGAUGCUGUUGAAUCAGGGAAUUUGUGUGUCCAGCACGACAAAGGAUCCUAAUUGACUUUCCACUGGCAUUGUUUCCAUGGUGCCGGCACGUAAUUUCAACACAUUACGUGCCACCACCACGUAAUGCGAGUGUUAAAAGGUCAUGGUCAUUUCAUGUAUUUCUGAGAUCAGACUGGUAACUAAAGAACAUGAGUGUGGAGGUUACUGAGAUAGGGAGGACGGCAGUGGGAGAUUAAUUAUUAUUGCACAUGAAUUAAAUCCCCACAAGACUUGGCAAGUCUAGUUUGAGAUGAAUCUGUUGGAACAAAACCUUGCAACGUCAUACCACGAACAGCAGGCACUAAGUUUUUCAGCCUCUGUUUUUAGAGGGAAGCUUUAGUUUUUAGAUCCGAAUCCACACAGUUACUGCCAAGUCCUUUUUGAUAAUAUGACUGUUUGAUCAAACCUGCUUUGGGCAGAUUUACAACAGAUGACAAUGCAGGGAGCGCCAGGAAAUUCAGUAAAUCAUGGCAAAGUAUUUAAGGUAAUUUAAUACCCUUUACAGUGAUGGUCGUCUUUUCUGAAUUACCUUAUCUGCAGUGUCCUUCAUUAAACACCACUGGUUUGAUUAAAUAAGUAAAAAGAAAAAUGAAAUCAAAUGCUGGGAUAGGCUCCAGCAUCCCCGCGACCCUGAGGGCAGGAUAAGCGGUGCGGAUAAUGGAUGGAUGGAUGGAUAAGAUUUCCAGGCCUGGUAAAACAUACCUUAGGUCAAAGACAGCACAGAUGGGUUGUGUUGGUUUUUGCUUUGCCCCAAUCAUUUUUUCAGAGUAGUAACUGCUUUUGGGGUUUUUGUUUGAAUAUAGGUUCAAGAGAGGCAAAUGCUCUGUUUUACAUGUGCCUUUGUGACAUGAAAUAUUAUUUUAAAUAAAACCCCUUUGUUAUGCGUUACCUCAACUGUGG